AUGACUUGCGAAGUGUUUGAGCUGAAGGAGCUGGUGGGUGAUGGCAGAGUGUCCGCCUCAGAAAAGGCUUCCUUCUUCACUUUCUCGCCCACGUCUCCUUUUCACCAAUAUGUUCCACCAAGCAGUGUUUGUCUGCUCCACACCAUCAUGUUCCAUCGGGCACUGGGUCUCGUACGACCCAAGAGCAUCGACUCAGAGCUCUUCGAUAUCACCUAUGUGCAGUGCGGGGAUGCAGAGGUGGAGAGACAGAUAGAGGAGAAGAUUGGCCAGUUUAGUCUAUGGCUUGAAAAGAACCCCACAAAGAAGGGACAGAUCUGCCUUUCGUUCUUUGAGAAGCGUCGUCCAAUCACAAGCUCCAGCUCAUCAGCCACGUCAUCCGGUGGUAACACAGCUGGCACAAAAUCCGGAAGCAGCAGCAAAACCAGCAGCACCAACAGCAGUAGUGGAGGCGGCAGUGGCAACACCAGUGGCGGCAGUGGUGGAGGCAGCACAAGGAAGGACGCAGCAGCAUCGUGGCUGAGUGCGAGUGCCGCCCGAUUGAGCCUAGGAUCAGAUAAGAUCACGUGGGAACAAUGGAUCAUCCCUGUCUCACUCCUCACCUCUGCUUCAGCCGGUACUUCUGGCCUGCAACCUUCCUAUUCCUCCUCCUCUUCCUCCUCCUCCUCUUCUCCUGCACAUUCCAGUGCAGCACAUACCACCGUUCCCACCACCACUGCUCCCUCCACCACUGUUGUCGGCGGAACAUUGCCAUCCCCAUCCCCAUCGCACUCAUUUCCCCCCACUGCUUCUAAUGCUGCUGCCACCAACUUUGCUAAUGCGUCUAGGCCUUCUACUGGCCUGUCAAUCACGUUGCAACAGCAGCAGCAGGGGCAGCAGGGGCAGCAGCAGCAGCAGCGCAGUAUGCAGUUAGAGGCAUCUGUAAGGGAGGCACUGCUUUCGAUUCUCACAAUGGCCAAUGAGAAGAGGGACCAUCUGCCUCCUGUCCUCACGUCAUCCCUCGUCUCUUUCCCCUUUGAAAUAUCCGUCCCAAGCAUGUCAGACUCCUUCGGAAUGGAUGUAUUGAAGAGAAUGUUGCAGACAGCACCACACCAUGUUCUGGGAUAA